UAGCCGGCUCGCUGUGUCACAGAGAGUCCCCUUAAGCCAACGUGACAACUCACAUACUGUCCCUUUGUGACCAGCUUAAUCGGCAGAAUGCCCGGUCUCUGUAUGCUUUGUCUCGCCGCCGCGCUGGCUGCGUUCGCUCGGCUGGUCGGCACCGUGGGGCCGGUGGUCCGAUGCGAGCCGUGCGACGCCGGGGCGCUCCUGCAGUGCAAACCCCUGCCGAAGGACUGCGCGGAGCAGGUGAGGGAGCCCGGCUGCGGCUGCUGCAUGACGUGCGCCCUCGGCGAGGGACAGGCGUGUGGAGUGUACACGGCACGCUGCGGCUCCGGCUUGACCUGCCAGCACCAACCGGGGGAGAGCCGACCCCUGCAAGCUCUGCUGGAGGGACGGGGAGUGUGCUCCAGUACCGCGUCCAAAAGACUCAACAACAUUCUCAUACCGCAAAAACAAGAGAAUGGUGGAAAUCAGGUAGAAGAAGGUUGUGCCAACGUGACCCAGACGAUGACGGUGUUGCCUGGCGUGGCGACUGUGAAGGGUGGACACAGUCGCGGGUCGAUGGACACCAGGCCUCCGCUGCACAACAAGCUGAUCCAGAAAAAUCAGAACAGAAAGACUCAGAGCUACAAGGUGGAAUCGGUGGCAGGAGGAGCCAAUAUGGACAUACACAACUUCUCCCUGGAGAGCAAGAGGGAGACUGAGUAUGGGCCGUGUCGGCGGGAGAUGGAGAGCAUCCUGAACAGUCUUAAAAUCAGCAACGUUCUCAACCCAAGAGGCUUCCGCAUACCCAACUGUGACAGAAAGGGCUUCUACAAGAAAAAACAGUGCCGUCCAUCCAAAGGCAGGAGGCGGGGAUACUGCUGGUGCGUGGACAAAUACGGGCAGCCUCUGCCCGGCCUGGAUGGCAGGGAGCGGGGCGAGACGCAGUGCUACAACCUGGAGAGCAAAUGAGAGGACGGAGGGACAACGAGUGGACGGAGAGUGGAAGACAGCAAAUAAGGGGUGGGGUGGAGAAGGGAGAGAGACAGAAAGAAAGAAAGAGCCCACUUUGCUCUUGCAUGUAGUUUUAUGUAAACCUUUGAAGGAGCUCUGGAACUUUGAUUUCAGGUCCCAUUUCUGUUGGAGAGGGAGGGAGAUAAAAAGGGGGAGGGGGGACGGGGCACAGCCUUGACCACUGGGUGAGCCUCCUGUCCAUCACAGCUAUCUGUCCUGUGCUUAGGGAACCUCUAUCCUUUCUUUUUAAAAGGAAAAAGAAAAGCUGAAAGCUUACAGAAGGGGAAGAAAGAGAGAAUCCUAUCAUCUGCACUAUUCUUUUAGAGGGAGAGGAAGGAGGGACUUUUCCACUCACUUUAAAGAGGACUUGUUUGUGACUGUGACCCCAAAAACCGCACCACCACCACCAUUUCUAUGUGUGUGUGUGUUUGUCUGUGAGUGUGUAACUGCGAGUCUGUGUAUGUGUAUGUGUGUCUUAAUGUGUGAGCACCUGCAUAACAUACGUAUGCACAGCUGCAUGUCUGUGCAACAUAGCGAGCGACCGGGUGCUUUCCCAAGAGUGUUUAUUUGUGUAAAUACUGUAUGUCACGAAGCUCAGUUUAGCAAUGUCAGACUGCCCACCACCGGCAGUGGAACAAUGCAGAAAAGAGAAAAAAAAAUUCCAUUUUGAAGUGAAGGAUUAUGGGGCGGCUUUGACGUUUUGUCCUGCAUGAUGGCCACCAAAGGCCCUCCUUGCUGCCUCCUUCCCCUUAUUAGGAUUGGUGGAAUGGAGGCAGUUCCAGUGCCUUAAUCAACGACCAAGCGUCCUCUCUCCUUCACCUUCUGUGGUCCUCGGCUGAAGGACUACCUCACUGAAAGUCCACCUUCCAAGUGUCAAAUGCUCGUCCGCCACAGGCUCUGAAAAAUUUGUAGUGACAGGAGCUGUAGUUGGUGUGGAUUCACAACAGCUUCAAGUGAUUUGAAGAUGACCCAGCAGAAACAGCAGGAAAAAAAACAACUUCCAUGCAAACUGAAACCUGCAGCAUAAUCCACCGCUUCACUGUUGAUCCGUGGAGAAGUGGAUUAAGAUGCAGAUUUGGCCAAAAUAUUAGCCUGGAUCCAGACCUCUGAACCAAUGCCCAUCUGGCACAUCUCUGAUUUUUUUUUUCUCCAACUGGUUCUAAUAGGUCUUGUGUUGUGCUCAUGAACGUCUGCUCUCCGGUUCAUGAGAACUUUGUAAACUGGAAUAACAAUGGAGACGUGAUCAUCCUGUGCCAGAGCCAGAAAAAAGGGCCACGAAAAUAGUGACUUUAAGUGUGGAGAGGUUUUAAGUGUUGAUUUACCAAACAAUUUACAGAAAUAACAGCUCUUCGUAACAGCAUAUAUCUUCAGUUAAUGUGAAAAGCCACCAGAGCUUCAAUGUCAACAAAAUGACUGAAGUGGUUAUUUAAAAAAUGACCCGAUUUCCCAAAAAUAAAAUAAUAAUGCACAACAUAAAAUGACAUAUCAAUCUGACAAGCACGAUCUAAAUACAUCUUAUUUAUUGUGACUAAUGUGUUUAGCUUUUUACAUUUGAAGUUAGUCAUAGACAGUGACAGUGGAGUGUUGGAUAAUGUCGUGGCAGUGUUUUGAGAAGUUUCCGUGGACACUUUGAUGCUUCUUUUGUGUCUCUCUGUUGCCGGUUGGAAUCCAAGCUAACUACAGCUCGAUGAAGCGACAAGCAUUUCUGAGCCACUGUUCAAGCUAACUGGAGACGAGUGUUUAAGGCUUAAAAGAAAAGAUUUUCGGUGAAGUAUUAUUUUGAGGUGCUCACGUGCUGCCCUACAGUUUUAGUCUUUGGUUAGAAUAGUCUGUCUUCUGUCUCUUUCCUGCCCCCUGCUGUUCCCGUCCACAUGCACGUCCCCGGUCCUGUCUGUCCAAGCAUACUAGAGCUCUUAACCCACUCCUCCCAUGUCCUCAUCCCUUGUCUGUCAUGGCGCACCGGUGCUGAGGUCCUACAAUCCAACAUGUCUUUAGCCCCCGAGUCCAAAACGUUGUCUUUGUCUGUGUCUCUGUGCCUAAUCCUGUCCCUGCCUCCAGCCCACUAACCUGAGCUGAUUCUCCCAGCUCCAGCACCCUUCUCACCUCUAGUCCUCUUCCUGUCAGUGGUGCAACCUGGUGUAGGCUUGUUUGAACGGGGUGAGCCCGGUGUGACUGUCUCACCCCGCCACAGGUGCCAGCUGCCCUUAUGCUUCAAGCACAAGCACUUAAAGCACUUUAGCUGCACCGCUACUCGUCAAUGCAUGCAGUUAAAGACAAUUGGACCUAUCUGCAUCUGCAUACCUUUCCUUAGAGGUAAUGUCAGAUGAAACUGUGUGAUACCGUAUGAAAACAAUAAUAACCUGAGAGGAAAAAAAGAAAGAAAGAAAAAAAAAGAAGCUACACCAGGACUUCUGACAGCAAACUUAGCGAACACCCCUCAGAAAUUUUCCAUUCAAUGCAACUAUUUUUCUUUUUUGUUGUUGUUGUUUUUGUUUCUUUGAAAAAUGCUUGUAUGAUCGUAUGCCAACAAAUCUCCACAAGGUGGACACAGCACCAAAUAUGCAUUCACACAAGUGGUAGGGGGUCUGAGGGAGGAGGCGUGGUCCUCCCCGAGGAGCUUCCUGCCCGAUGCUCUCCCACAUCCUGUGUAAAGACUUGAAAAGUGGAGAGAGCGCCGACAAAGAAUGCUUGCCCAGUAGCUUGGUAGCAUGAAAAUCGGCUGUACGCUUCCUUUAAUAGACAGCAGCAACUUACAACCAGCCUGUUGGUGCUAUAUCCCAUCUAUUCAAAGACUUGAUGUAAGGGGAGGAACAUACAUACAAAUAUGUUUAAGCUAUUCCCUCCCUGAUAUUUGUAAGUGUGUCUUUUUAUAUAUUAUUAUUAUUAUUAUUAUUUCCUGGCCAGCUAUGUGUCUGACUAGACAUCAUGUACAGUACUUAAAAAUAAAAAAUUAUUUAUCUAAGAAAGAAUUAUAAGCUGAUCCAAACUAGGUUUUCUUAUGAACAAUUCAGUGACUCACCGAUUGCACAGCAAAGUCUAUAUGAUUCAGUGUAUUUUGGGGAAUAUAAUCACUAAUGAAUGUUAUAUUUUUUAAUGAACCUUUUCCUUCUGUUGCUCAGCAGUGUCAUUUGUAAGCUCCGUGCCCGGCGAGCGAGUUUCCAGCCUCGGGCAGAAUCUGUGUCAGUCAGGCACUCAGGUCUCUGGUCAUCUUAGUUCACUGCUUCUCAAGGCCAGUGAACCUCUCACCUCUCACUAAGUCACUUCUCUCCAUGCACACCCAGCCAUCCCGCCUCAUCUGUUAGUGCAGAGCCAGGGUCACACUCCUGUAAGGUAACUUUUUUAUUUUAUUUUAUUGUUUUUGUUUAAUUUUUUAUUUUUCCCUGCUGGUCACAUUAAGAAUCUCUCUGUUCACGGGUAAAUGUGUUUUGUUUUUCAUUUCAAGUUGAUCCUUCAAAGAGUUGUUUUCAUUCAAGCUUUUCAUGAUACUAAACUAGAAAUCACACAGAGAAAGGAAAUGAUUUUGAUUCAAAAUAUAAUUUGUAUUUAAUGUCUUUUUUUUUUUAAAUAAAAAGUGA